GCUCCUUAGAAGCGGUGAGUCGGUGACUGAGCUUCGGGAGCUGGCAACGGCGGCGCAGGGUGGCAGGCGGGGGCGGGCCGGCUGCCGCCAUGGCUGGAAGCCAGGACAUGUUCGACGCCAUCGUGAUGGCUGAUGAGAGGUUUCGUGGGGAAGGGUAUCAAGAAGGCUAUGAAGAAGGCAGUAGUUUGGGUGUAAUUGAAGGAAGACAAUAUGGCACUUUACAUGGAGCUAAAAUUGGAUCUGAGAUUGGGUGCUAUCAAGGCUUUGCUUUUGCAUGGAAAUGCCUCUUGCACAGUUGUGCCACUGAAAAAGACAGCAGGAAGAUGAAAGUCUUAGAUUCAUUGAUUGAAAUGAUUCAGAAAUUCCCGUAUGAUGACCCUACUUAUGAUAAACUCCAUGAAGACUUAGACAAAAUUAGAGGAAAAUUUAAACAGUUUUGUUCAUUACUCAAUGUUCAGCCAGACUUUAAAAUUAGUGCAGAAGGUUCUGGACUUUCAUUUUGAGGAUGACAGAUGAACAAAGACGAAACAUCAAGGAACAGAUGUCCGUCCCACCCAGGGAUCCACACAGCACUCGGGGAGCCCAGAGGCGGGGUGAGGUGUUCAGCUGUGCCUGAGGAAUAAGGUGAGCAGGGAAGGCUUCCCCGAGGAGGUGGCUUUCGCCCCAUCGCUUUGUGAGCUUUCAUUUGACCUCACACCACCAUGGAGAAGUCUCUUCCAUCCUACCUGAAAACACCGACGUUACCUGGAGACACCAGGAACUGUGAGUAAUAGGUAAGGCCAUAUUCCUGGCCGUGUUCUGGUCCUUCAUGAGGGAGGUGAGGAACGGGUUAGCAACUCAGAAAACUGAAGUCACCGAGUUACCAUGAUUUAUCAGAGAAAAGCAGACACUGUUCUGUGCUUCGUAGGACACGGGUCUAAAAGGUACAGUGAGUUGUCCAAGCCAGCAUGGCUAAGUGGCUUAGCAUGGGCUGCUCAGAUGAAUUUUCCAGGAAGGAAGGUCCCUCCUCGUGAGUAGACUUUUCCAUACCUCUUCAUGGAUGAUAAACUCCUCAGCUGGUAUUGACGGCCUUGGUGUCCCCUGUUAUGACAGUGUCUUUGGCUGGUCUUUCUAAUGCCGUUUGCCAGAUCAGCUGGGCCUCAGGGGGUGGAGUUUCUCUUGGAUGGGCCUGAACUUGAGUCUUGCUUCUGCCCACGGAAGAGUGUGUGGGCAGUGGAGCCUGAGUGGCCUGGAGAUGCUCACUGAGACAGUAAGGAUUCACGUUCCUUUGUGUUCCUCUGCUGUUCCCAGUGGCUGUGCACCCCUAAAAUAGCAGGGCACACAGGUGCCUGCUGCCCAGUAUUGAGAGCUGUUUCCCCCAGAAGGAGUAUUGAGCCCUAUCCCUAGUUCCUGUGAGUGUGACCUUAUUUGGAAACUAGGGUCUUUGCAGAUUUCAUUAAGUUAUUAGUUAAGUUGCGGUUGUACUAGAGCAGGGGGGCCCUUCCUGUGACUAGUGUCUUUUUAUUUAUUUAUUUUUCUGAGAUGGGGUCUCACUCUGGCACCCAGCCUGGAAUGCAGUAGAAGGAUAACAGCUCACUACAGCCUCGAACUCCUGGGCUCAAUGGGUCCUCCCACCUUGGUGCCCCAAAGUGCUGGAACUAAGAAGAGGAGGAGCCACCUGGAAAGAGGAGAGCGCUGCGUGAAGGCACAGAGUAAGCGGGCAGACCGGCGCGUGAACGUGGAAGCGGAGGUGCAAGUCGCCUGGUCGCAAGCUGAGGAAAGCUGCCUGAAACCACCAGAAGCCAGAGAGACAGCAGGCCUGCACACUCCCUGAUUCACAUUUCUGUCCUGGGAGGGAAUAAAUUUCAGUUGUUUG